AUGGCCAAAAAGAAUAACAAGAACAACGAAUUGAAGGAGGUGGAUCCCAACCCUGAAGUUGAGAUUGACGACCUUGAAGACAAGGUCGAGGAUCUCAAGGUGGACGAUAAGGAAACCACCAAGGACACUAAGGUCUCUAAGGAUGAUGAAGAGGACCAGAAGGAGGAGGAAGACGAUAAGACCACCACCACUGUGACUACCGAAAAGGAGGAGACCGACAACGAUGGCGACGAGAAGAAGACGGAAACCGUCACCACAACUGAGGUGGACAAGAAGACUACCACAGAGGAGGAGUCAGCUCCUUCAUACCAGCAGCCUUACACACCCAAGCUCUCUCAGAGCGAAUCUCAGCCUCCCACCCCUCCUCCCAAACCCCCGAGACCUCUUUCGCCUUUCUCUCAGGCCCAGGCACAUCUCAAGGAGGCCUUCCCUGACACUGAGGAGUCUAUAAUUAAGGCUGUUCUGGUUGCCAGUGGCGGAGAGGUGGAGCCUGCAUUCACCGCUCUGCUGUCAAUGAGUGACCCCAACUUCAAGCCAGAUAUUCCUCCUCGACAGCAGCAGCAGCGGCCCAUCGGAGGCCCUGGCUCCGACGCCUCAAUGGCCCACAGAAUCCAUUCUCCUCGCUCCCAGAUUGAGGCCGAUGAGCGUCUGGCCCGGCAAUUGGCUGGCCAGUACGAUAGACGAACCGCAAACCGAACCGGAGGCGUACCCGCUCGAUACAGAGGUUCAACUGAGUCUAACCGAUCGUACUCAGGCCGAUACGACGAGCGACGAGAGAACCAAGAGGAGGACGACCAGGGCUUUUUCCAGAGCGAGGAUUGGCAGGACUUCUCCAAUCAGGUUGUUCAGGGAUUCAACGAAACCAAGAACAAGGUUAACUCGUGGGUCAAGAACCUGUCCAACAAGAUUGAUGGGGUUGAUGGCGACGAGCGACAGUACAGAGACUAUGAGGAGUACGGCGACGAUUACUAUGAGUCUCCCCGUCGACAGCGGCCUGCCCCCGCCCCUCGAUCCGAGUCUACCCGAGGACUGGUUGGCGCUCUCGGAUCUGGCCGGGAGAGCCAGGAGUCUCAGCGAUCUUACCAGGAGUUUUACUCAUCCAGGUCGUCACGGUCCAAGACUCGAGUUACCGACGAUGGCGAGUUCCGAUCCAUUUCUCUCAAAAACAAUGAUCUUGAUGACGACGACAAGCCAUUGAUGCCUCCUCGACCCCCUGCCAAGGACGCGCUCGCUGGUGCCACCGCUGCAGCCAGCAAGGCCGAGUCUAACAAAUGGGAGCCUCUCAAGGCAGUUGAGCCCCAACCCGAGGAAGAGAAGGACCCAUUCUUCAUUGGAGAUAGCGACGAUGAGGAUGACAAAGAGGAAACAACCAAAAAAGAGGUCAAGGAGGAGGUCAAGGAGGAGGUCAAGGUGACAGAGGACAAGGACUAG